CCAUAGGGAGGGGGGAAGUCACGUCACUCCUCCUUGCUUCGGAGCAUAAGAGUCACUGGAGGCUCGGGACAACCAGCCACUCUCUCCCGGCCCAGAGACCAUGCUGCUGGCUGCUCUUCUCUCGCUGGCCCUGCUGGGCACCAUGGAGGCCUGCAAGGGGCGCUCCUCCUCCUCCCAGACUGGCAUUGUAUGUAGGAUCACCAGACCAGCCGUCCUGGUGUUGAACCAAGAAACCACAAAGCUGAUUCAGAAGGCAUUCCAGCGGGCCACGUAUCCUGACAUCAAGGGAGAGAGAGUCAUAUUGUUCCUGGGCAGAGUCAACUAUGGCCUAUACAACAUUCAGAUUAGCAACCUGUCCAUCAGCAGCAGUCAAGCAGAGCUGAAGAAAGAUAAGAGCAUUAACAUUGCAAUUCAAAAUGUGUCCGUGAUCUUCAAAGGGACCCUCCAAUAUGAGUACAACGGGGGAUGGCUAUUGGCAGUUCAUCGGUCUGUUGACUUUAAAAUUGACACUUCCCUUGACCUCCAGAUCAAUACCCAGCUGGCUUGCGACGGAGGGCGCGUGCAGGCGGACACCUCGGACUGCUUCUUGUCUUUCCACAAGCUGCACCUGAGUCUUCAUGGAGAAAAGCAACCAGGCUGGAUUGAACAGCUCUUUACAGACUUCAUCUCUUUCACCCUGAAACUGAUCCUGAAAGGGCAGGUGUGUAAGGAAAUCAGUGUUCUUGCCAACAUCAUGGCCAAUUUUGUCCAGGAUAAAGCAGCUAACUUCCUCACAGACGGAGACAUUGGUGUGGAUAUCUCCCUGACUACAUCCCCAAUAAUCAAAGACAGCUACCUGGAGUCACAUCACAAGGGUUUCCUGACUUACAAGAACCAAUCCUCAGGCUUUCAAGACUCCAGCUACACCCCAAACAUCCUGGGUGACUCCCGCAUGCUGUACUUUUGGUUUUCUGAAAAAGUCUUAAGCUCCCUGGCUAAGGCUGCCUUCCUGGACAAGAGACUAAUGUUGACCCUGACAGGCAAUGACUUCAAGGCAUUGCUGGAGAACAAAGGCCUGGAUACCACUCAGGAUAUUUUGCAGGAGAUUUUCCAGGGUUCCUUCAGAGAUUCUCAGGUGGUGGUUCGAAGUCUAGCUGCCCCCCUCAUCACCUGCAAGCCAGAGGGCACCAUAGUGAAGUCCUCUGUGGGUGUGGAGAUCCAGCUCCUCCGCCCGGACCAGGCUUCUACUGUGACAGUAUUCUCUUUUGAAGAGGACGUUGUGACUGUCAUUCAGGCAUCCUAUGAAGAGAAGAAACUGAUUCUAGAUCUCUCUGAUUUCCAGAUUCAACAUAAGUCUUCCCGAUCUUUCUCUACAUUAUCUACAAGCCAAGAGUCGGUACAGGACUUCCUGAAGACCCUUACAAUCAUGGUGGGCAUCCCUGUGAUCAUCUCCUGGCUUGAGCCAGCACUCACAACACUAUUGAACAGUAAAGGCCUGGAUCUCUUUGAUAUCAUCAAUCCUGAAAUUAUCACCAAAGAGGGCUAUCUGGUGCUCCAGAUGGACUUUGGAUUCCCCCAGCAUCUGCUAGAGGAUUUCCUCCAAACCAUUAUCUAGAAGAGAUCAGAAAGGGGUUGCCUGGCUAACUAAACCAAAGAGAAAUUGGGGAAAGCUGCCUUAAUCUUCUCUGCUAUCAAAAAGGGAUGAUCAUGAAUACUUUUGCUAUGGCACCUCACAGGGUUGUUGGGAGGAUCAGAUGAGCCCAUCGAUCCUAAUUGCUUUAUAAAUCUGUAAAGCUGUUAUUAUUCUAAUUAUUCUCAGUAUUCUUUGUUUGGUUCCCUCCUUGCCUGAAAGAAAAUAAGAAAGAAUAUGAGUGGUA